AUGGCCCCUCAACAUCUCUGCAGAGCUGGAGUCUCGGGCCUGACGGCGGCCUUUAUACUGUCCAAGAACAAGAACUACACCAUCACCGUUGCAGCAAAGCAUAUGCCAGGAGACUAUGACAUUGAAUACGCCUCGCCAUGGGCUGGUGCUAACUACUUGCCUGUUGGCAAGGAAGGCACCCCAUCGCAAGAAUAUGAAAGGAGCACAUGGCCCGAACUAGCAAAACUCGCCCAAGAACACCCCGAAGCAGGCAUUCACUUCCAAGAUACGGUCGUUUAUCGAAGGAAGAAGGACAAGGGCCCUGUCAGCGAGUGGUUUGGGGAACUCAUUCGCGAAGACGCAUGGUUCAGCAAGGUUGUGCCUAACUUCAGAGUCCUCAGCAAAGAGGAGCUACCUGAAGGCAUGGAUGGCGGUACCUCGUUCACUUCCGUCUGCAUCAACACAGCGAUCUAUCUCCCGUGGCUGGUCUCACAAUGCCUCAAGAACGGUGUCGUCUUCAGGCGAGGCGUGGUGAGGCACAUUGCAGACGCCACCUCACUUCAUCACUCUGGAAAACCGGCCGACUUGGUGGUGAAUGCAACUGGACUCUUUUCCCUCUUCAUGGAGGGAGUUCAAGACAAGAACAUGUACCCGGCUCGUGGGCAGAUUGUGCUGGUUCGCAACGAUCCUGGAAUCAUGGCCACGACUUCGGGAACCGACGAUGGCGAGGACGAAGCAGUCUAUAUCAUGCAUCGUGCGGCCGGAGGUGGUUGUAUACUGGGUGGUUGUUUGCAAGCAGACAGGUGGGACUCGGCGGUAGACCCCAACCUUGCCACCCGCAUCAUGAAACGUGCGAUUGCCCUGACACCUAAGCUUGUACCCGAGGGGCAAGGCAUCGAAGCACUGGACAUCAUCAGACAUGGUGUAGGCUUGAGACCGAUGCGCAAGGGCGGUAUCAGAACCGAAAAGGAAACGAUCAUGGGUCCGGACGGAAACGCUGUCAAGGUUGUGCACAGCAUCGGCCAUGGUGGUUAUGGAUACCAGACCUCAUGGGGCUGUGCUGCUGCUGUGGUGCAGCUUGUUGACCAGUCCUUGACAGAGAAGGCUCGUUUGUAG